AUGUCGCUCAGGGUAGAUUGGAAAAGCCCGCACACAAAAAGAAUCAUUGUAUCCUAUUUACCGGACUGGAUUCUCGUGAUUCUUAUGGCAGGCGCUUUCUACGGUAUUGACCAGAUUCCACCGUUCCAUCGCGAAUUCUCACUCGAAGACAAGACAAUCAUGUUUCCACACUCACCAAGCGAUUCCGUUCCCAUGUGGGUCGUCGGUGUGAUAUGUCUUGCAGCACCCAUUGUCAUUAUCGCUAUUAUGUCUCUCGGCUUCAAACGCAGCAUAAUUGACUUUCACAGUGGUAUACUCGGCCUCGGGCUUAGCUUAAGUAUGUGUCUCAUGCUGACGACAACCAUCAAGAUUACCGUCGGUCGCCCAAGACCUGAUUUUCUUGAUCGGUGCCAGCCUGCGGAAGGGUCUGUUGACCCUCCAUUUGGCUUAUCCAACUAUACCGUUUGCACAUCGCCACUUGACACGCACGAGAUGCUGGACGGGUUCAAGAGUUUUCCUAGUGGACAUUCUUCAUUUUCGUUCGCUGGGCUUCUUUACCUUGGGCUCUUUAUUGCAGGCAAAAUGCAAAUGUUUGAUGAACGAGGCCAUACGUACAAGGGCUUUAUAUUCGCUUUUCCAUUUAUCGGUGCGCUGCUUGUCGCCAUUUCACGUACUCAAGAUUACCGACAUCAUUGGCAAGAUGUUUUCAUUGGCUCCUUACUAGGUUCAGCAUGCGCUUGGUUUGCUUACCGUCAGUACUAUCCAUCUUUGGCUCACUCGACGCCUCACCAUCCAUUCAAGAGCAGAAUUCAUUUUUUUAAACAUGGUACUUCAAAUGAAAGAAUUCUACGUUAUAAUCAAGAACCUGUGUAUAACCCAGGUCGAGCAGACAGUGAACAUGGCUUAUUGGGCGAUGAUCCCGGUAACGCGUACGCUAUGCAAAACACGCGCAAUUAUCCCCAACAAUCAUCACAGCAGGAACCGCAAAACCAGCAAUACCCGUAUAGCCGUGAAGGUACCGUGGCUGCUUCUAGUAGCUACGACCCUCCCAGUGGUAAAAUUUAA